GAGGGAAGGAGAGACUCAUGCAGCAUGCGGGUGACGUGGCACAGAGUAUAUGCGCACGGAGGCACUCCUGAAAAAACUGGAUAGGGCAGGGACGCGAGCACCUGCCUCGACACACUUCAGAACGCCAACGCGGCCACUGCGAGUUAUCACUGCCAACGCCAGCUGUACACAUUGGCGCGCGACGCCAGCUCGCACUUUAUGGACGACUGGAGCGCGGUGUCGUGGAUGCCGCUGUCGUUCUUGCCCGUGAAGCUGGGCUGGAAAACCACCUGUGGGCAGCGGAAGCGCUCGCUGCCCACGGUUACGAUGUUCCCGUCAAGGGAGCUCUUACGCCUUCUCCCGCUCGGGCUUCUCCGUGGCGGUCUGCAUCUCGGCGUCGAAGCCACGCGCGAUGUAGCAGCAGAGUUUCUCCUUGACGUCGCGCACGAUCUCUCGCCCAGCCAGGGUGGUGGAAGAGUAGCCACGUCUGGUGAGGAGUUUCAUCAAGGCCCCGACUGUACCCCGUGGGGCCCACGCCCGCCAACUACAGGCGCAGACUCGCACGCGGCAGCGCGCGGUCUUCUCGCAGGUGGGCACCGCGUGCGACACGCCGCCGCCGGAACUCACAACGACGAGCCCUGUUGUGCGGCCAGGAGCGCACAGCGAGAGCACUGCCUGGAGCGCGAACUACACCGCCAGCCAGCGCGCUGGACGUCUCAAACAUGAUCUGCGUCAUGCGUUCCCUAUUCGGCAUCGGAUUCUGGGGUGCCCCCGUGAGGAGCAGAGCCACGCGGAUCCGGUUGUGAAAGGUAUGGUUCCGGAUCUUCUCCAUGUCGUCCCAAUUGCUCACGAUGCCAUGCUCAAUGGGCUACUUCAGGGCCUGGACGCCGCGCUUGCAUUCUGCCUCGUCGUCCACUUAGCUGUCCUUCUGACCCAUGCCGGCCAUGAUCACUGGCAUCUCUGGACGGCCGCCAAUGGAGGGAGAGGAACACGGCGCGCAGCGCGUCCUCGCCCGCGAAGCCGGCCUUGCUCAUGCCACUGCGCCAAUCGCGCUGGCUGCGAGUCACCCGAACCAUGCAAUCGCAUAACUGUCCGUGACAAUGGCAUGCAAAAGAGGCGCUAACAACAUUGGGAGUGGCUACACCUCUGGAGCGGACCAGGAGGCAGAGUGCAACCAGGGACAGACCAAAUGCACUGAGAUACUAGAAAAACUCUGCUCCUCUGGGGAGAACCAGGAGGCAGGCUCACGCCUGGGCCGGACCAGGCGCAGCGAAGAAAAAACCUGGGGCCUCUGAAACCCCCCGAGCU